CAGGCCCCUACGAUGGAGUUCCUGCUCGGUGGUGCCUCUUCGAUGUGUGCCGUGCUGUUUACAAACCCACUGGACGUGCUCAAAACACGCCAACAGCUCGAAGGUGAGCUGAUGGCGAAGCAGAAUCUCACGCAGCGUUCCUACAAGGGCAUCCGACAGUCCUUCCUCACCGUGGUCCGAACAGAUGGUUUCAGAGGGCUUCAGAAAGGAUUUCCAGCUGCCCUGCUCUUCCAGUUCUCCAUGAACAGUGUUCGCCUGGGGACGUACCAAACGGUGGAUAAUCUCGGUUGGACGAAGAGCACCAAACAUCCCUCACUGACACCACUGCUAUCAAUACUCUGGGGUGGUUGCGCUGGACUCGUCAGUGCUACAGCAUCCUGUCCGUUCUACGUCGUGAAGACACAGCUACAGGCCGUCACUUCCGGAACGUACACGGCUCGCUUUCAGCAUCAUCAUAGCGGAACCCUAUCGGCUCUGGUGAACAUCUACCAGCAGAGUGGAAUCCGCGGACUGUUCCGAGGGUAUCCUGCCUCCGUAGCACGGCUCAGUGUUGGAUCGGCUGCGGAAAUGGCCUCGUUCAGUGUGUGCAAAUCGUUCUUGCUGCGGUACCAAGUGUUCCAGGAGUCUAUCGUGCUGACAGCGCUGGCUAGCAGUACUGUGGCGGGAUUUUUCACCAGUGUGCUGAUGUCACCGUGCGAUGUCGUGACGACCCGAAUGACCAAUCAAGCCGUAUCCGCCAACGGGAAAGGCUUGCUGUACACCAACAUCUUCGAUUGCUUCCUGAAGAUCUACCGAUCGGAAGGCAUCCACGGCUACUACAAGGGAUUCGUGCCAAUGUACCUGCGAGUGGCUCCACACACGAUGCUUAACCUCACCUUCUGGGAGUUUUUCAAGGGUCUCUACGAACGAUACGGGCGCCAAAGCUACACAAUAAGGACUUUAAGUUGAAACUUGAACUUAAACUCGAGAACUCAAUGCUGUAGAACCUCUUGACUGAUUGAUAUCAAUCUAUUAAUAUAUCGCCACAGA